UAUACGAAUAUGGAGAUAAGUACAAGGAUGAAAAAUAUAAAAAUAUAUCUGGAUACUACUGCAAUCUAUAUAUACUCCCCGGCGAUAUAAAAAGCAUAGAAUGCUAUGCAAUGAACUGCGAGCUCAAAAAGCAGGAAAAUGGCAGCACUAGUGUUGUGUGGUAUGCAAGGGUGCUAGGAGAUGUAGAUGAGUAUACACACUGUGUGCCAAGCGAAGACUUCAAGAAAGAAACAGCUUUUAGUGAUUUUCAUUUCUUUGUUUCAGCAAUAGAGUCAAGAGAAUACAACAGGGAUAGUAGUUUGCAAAGCUUUUGGCUGAGCAACACUAGCCCAAACAAUAGUGGAGACGGCCAGACAUUUACAAUAAACGAUUUGCUGGAGGACAGAAAAAUUGAGACGCUUCCAGGAUUUAAGAACAUGGAAAACCUUAAGAAAGACCUUAUUAGCGUAGAAAAAUACCUAAAAAGGCUGGAAGACUAUAAGAUGAUUCUUGAAAGGCUGCAUGAUACAGACCCCGAACAGCUAAAAAAGAGAAAAAAGUCAUUGCAGAGCAUAAUAAGAGAACAAAAAAGUCUGCUAAAGGCGCUGCAAAUAGAGCUACACACGAAGGUAUCUAAGAGGCCAAAAAACACAGAGAUAAAUCUUAUAGUGUUCCGAAACAUGAACUCAACUAGGUCUAACCUAGGAGCACACAACGAGAUUCUUGAUGUUUUUAUUUCGACCUACCAAAAAAGGCAUUGA